GUCUAUGAGGCAAGCAUUGACAUCCAUUAUAUUUUGUCGAAUUGUAUCAAGACUUCUUAUGUUUUACAGCAUGAGGAACAUUUGGAUAAAGAUGACCAUCUUGAUCAUCUGGAAUCAUAUGCAUUGAUUGCCAAGUGGAUGGCCUUGUUCACUAAAAUUAUGGAUCCUGUUACUAAAGAUGAAGCGUUCAUUGCUGUUGCUUCCCUGGAAGAACAACUAAAGUUGGUUAGCCAACCACCAUGUGCCCUGUGUGGAAUGCAGAGAAUGUUGGACAAGAAAACCUUUAUUUCAAGGAAGAAACAUUUGAGACAUUUGCGGAAUUCCAAACAUUUAAGCAUUGUUCGAAUCGCAAAAGCUGUUGUUGGUCUUGGCAACGCCGUUAAAGACUAUGAUGGAAAAAAGAUAUAUUCAUUGAUAAAGAAACAUGAACAACUUCUUUUUGAAACUGAAACUGAGCCAUCAAAGGAACGAUGUCCAAUUUGCCAAAUGGGUUUGAAAGAG